AGAUGCACCGAAAAGUAGAGACGAGGAAAGUAGAAACGGAAAAUAGGCAGAUAUCAACAACCAGAGUUACAACUUAGUCAAAACUUGAUUGCAGUUAAAACUAAUACCGUUACACUCUUUAAGUCAACGUUAUUUUAUUUGAUACAAAUGUAUUAUGGUGGAAGCUUUUCCCUGUGUGUCGUGGAAAUGGUUGGUUUUUGUGCUGAACCAGUGGCUAACGUUAGUUUAGCCAUCUGGUGAUCUAUGCUUAUCAAGGUUGCGGGCGAGGCUGGAUUGUUUGCUAGCUGUCGUUGACACGUCCAGGUAGUUUUACGAGGGGCUGAUAUACCGGUAGCCCGGUUUGCUCGCAAUGCUUCUUCUGCUGCACCCACUUGUCAACCAACGUUAGCUGGCUCUACUCCUUCUAUUUUCCAAUGGCUCACUGCGGUUUCAACGAGACGAGCCCAAAGGUACAGACCCCGCGUCCCGAAAUCGUCAAACCAACACAUGGUACCAUAGACCAAAGCAAAAAGCCGGUACUGUUCGAAAUCUUUGGUGAGAUAUGGACAGUUCAAUCACAGCUUGGCCAGGGAGUCUCAGCCUCGGUGUACCGGGUCAGUUCAGGCAGAGCCGCCGCCACCACCACCGCCGCCGCUGUGAAGGAGUUUCAGGCCGAUACUCAUGGAGGAGAUUACGGGUAUCACAAGGAGAGGUCCGUGCUGGAAGAUAUCCAGGGACAUAAAAACAUUGUUACACUGUACGGGGUAUUCACCAACCACAGCUGUAUGGGUGUUGUCAACCACUGUCUUCUGCUGGAGCUCUUGGAUGUCAGUGUAUCUGAUCUGUUGGUAAGAGGCAGCAGUGCUACCCAGGUUGGUAGACCCCAGCAGGGCCAUUCCAUGUGGCUUGUCCAGCACUGUGCCAAAGACAUCUUGAUGGCUCUUGCCUUCCUUCACAGGGAAGGCUACGUCCAUGCUGACCUCAAGCCACGCAACAUUCUCUGGGGUGCUGAUGACGAGGGCUUCAAGCUCAUCGACUUUGGCCUCAGUUUCAAAGAGGGAAAUCAGGAUGUCAAGUACAUCCAAACAGACGGGUAUCGUGCCCCAGAGGCUGAGCUUCAGAACAGCCUCGCUCAGGCCGGGGUGGAGGUGGACUAUGGCUGCACAACCGCUGUGGACAUAUGGAGCCUAGGCAUCAUCCUGUUGGAGAUGUUCUCAGGAGUCAAGCUCAAAGACACCGUUUGCUCCCAGGAGUGGAAGGAUAACAGAACUGCCAUUGUAGAUCAUCUGUUUGCCAGCAACAGUGUGGUGUGCCCUGCCAUUCCUGUCUAUCACCUCAGAGACCUUAUCAAAAGUAUGCUUCUCAAUGAGCCAAAGCAAAGAUGCACUGCUGAAACUGCCCUUCUGAGCCCAUUCUUCAGUAUUCCCUUUGCUCCUCGCAUUGAGGACUUGGUUCUGCUUCCCACGCCUGUCCUGCGCUUGCUUAACCUGAUUGAUGACAGCCAUCUGCACAAUGAAGAAGAGUAUGAAGACAUCCUGGAGGACAUGAAAGAGGAGUGCCAGAAGUAUGGCUCAGUAGUUUCUCUGCUCAUCCCCAAGGAAAACCCAGGGAAAGGAGAGGUUUUUGUAGAGUAUGUCAACUCCAGUGACUCCAAAGAGGCCCAGAGGCUACUGACGGGCCGCACCUUUGAUGGGAAGUUUGUUGUGGCUACCUUCUACCCUCUCAGUGCCUACAAAAGAGGUUACUUGUACCAGACUGUGCAGUGAAGUUCUACAGCUUAAUUUACACCUCUUCACUGUUUGCAAGAAAACACAACUCAAUAGGCUACCACAGGGGAGAAGAUAUUUUCGUCCUUUGAAAAUAACUAUAACUAACCCGAAGUUAUCAGUGGUUGCCCUACAGUUGGAGUUCAAAUGAUUCUGUUAUUGAGUGUAGUUAAUAAUUCUGCAUGUCAUUCAUGUGUUUUGUUUUUUUACAGUAAAUAUGUUUUCCAUACUAGUUGUACUCAGCUAUGAGAAAUGUACAAAAACACUUGAUUUCUGCUGUCUCCAGUCUGCACUAUUCUUAUUAGUGCAGAUAUACCUGCACCAAUCUCGUUUUUUGACUCUGAGCCAGAGGACUACCAGAAGAUACUGCAGUUUCUGUUCUCGCUUCCAUUUCACUAUCUUUCAUUCAUACAAAUUACCACAAUAAAAUAAUGUGUAAUUAAGACAAGUACAAUGUGAUGUGGUUGGACAGAACAAAGGCCUUUUUUCUUAAGAGAAAGUGUAAAUUCAGACAUUGAUUAGAAACAUGUAGCAAGAAACACUGAUCUCCUAGUAAGAUGAAUGUGAAUGUCUGUCAACCUGUUAAAUGAAUAAUGGGAAUGUCUGUCAACAUGUAGGAAAAAUAAUAAUACUUGUUAAUAAUAAUACUUAUCAUUAUUAUUUGUUAUGGUUAACAUUUAAUGAGAGAAAAUGGUUUUGUACAUGGGAUAUACAGGUAUCCUCUGCUGGCUCCUUAGGCAGUUUUCAACGAGAAACAGUUUGGAUUGACCCGACAACUAGCUGGUGGUUUUCACUCAUUGCCACAAUAUGAGCUAGCAAAGGGCACCUAGUGCCCUGUCCUGUAACACUAUGCAAUGUAGGAUUUUAAUAUCAAAAGUCUACAUAAUCAUAGAAUAUUUUCAUUAUCGGUUGACCAUUCAUGAGGACACACAGUGAGUUCUGUGUUUGGAUUGCAAUGAAAAGGACAAAUGAACAAGUGAAUAUUUUUGAGAAGUGCUGAAAAUGAUUGGGGAUUCUUCUGGCUUGCACAGUGAGAAAACGUCUAACGUAUGAAUCAAAUUAAAAUUGUCCAAAUCCUUUGUAUAGUUACAAUAAGAGUGUAUGAACAAAUGUAGCAGAAGUAGAAAAAAUUCUUCUAACUUACCCAAGUACGCUUUAAUUUGACCUUGGUUUAAUUGGAAUUCUAGA